CCCAGACUGGUGACAGCCAGCAACGCGGUGAGACGCUGAGGGACUCGGCGAGGGUCUCUGCAAGCUGGGCACGGCUCCACGGUGCCAAACCUGGACGGCAUACUGGCAGUGGGGUGGUGAACUACACAGGUCUUCUCGCGCCAUCAGCCACUGGACAUGGACACCUGGCCAGCUGACAUAAGGCACAGACGCAGGAGAAGCCCUUUAGUAGAGUGGCCUCAGGCAUGGAGCACCAUGGGACACCUUGACCUCCAGAAGGGCAGCUGGGCCGACAGGGCGCUCCGUGACCGUACCAACUGGACAGAGAAGGGCAGCCUGGCACCAGUGACACAUUGGGGGGUUGGUAAAGAAGGUGGGAAGGAGGCAGAGAAAAGGAGCAAAAAGAAAAAAGACGGAGGAAAGUGGGCAAGCUGGCCACAUCCCAGUCUUGGACCAGAGCGGAGAGCUAACCACCUGCAGCCAUGGUGGCCAGCAGCCCUAGGAGUGGCAGAAGAGCUGCAGAGCCAAUGGGGUCGUCCGCCAGGCUACAUGCCCCCACCUCCUUAUAGCGCCUCUCACAGGACGGUAAGACAGAAGUGCCCGGAACCGAAGAGGAAGCGAGACCGGACAGCACAGGCACAGCGUCAGGGAGAGCAGGACCCUCUGUGGCUGGGCGCUGCCCUCUGGAGGCCAGAUAGGGUGAAGACCAGCCAAGAGAGACAGCAGCCAUACGACUUCAUCGAUGGCCCAUCGAACUCGGGAGCCUUCAAGAACGGAGACUCCGUUUUCUGCCUGGUGUCUCGGCCGAGUGACAGCAGCACCGAGGUCACCCAACGGCCGGCCAACAGGGAGGUGGACAGCAAAAUACACAGGCAGGCAGGCCCACCAACCAGGGUGACCAACGCCCAGGAGCUCCACCAGAAUAUCAGGCGGAUGGAACCUUGGGACACUCAUGGGUCCUGGGGAGACUCUAGUGAGAGAUACUGGGGUGCCCCCGGCCCAGGGGAGUCAGGUGUAAAGUGGGGCAGAUGGCCAGAGUGGACAACCAGGUCAAGGGGGAGAGCCAGGACCACGGAGGAGGAAGGAGGGGGAGGGGCUCCAAGGGAAGCCACAGUGGGGUCACCGACCAGGGCUGAGAGCAGGGCAUCAUGGGAGUUGGACGGGAGGGCAAGAGGAGCAUCAUGGGAGUUGGGGAGAAGGGAGAGAGGCAGACGAGGAGCAUCAUGGGAGUCAGAUAGCAGGGCAAGAGGGGCGUCAUGGGAGUUGGAGAACAAGGAAAGAGGCAGGCGAGCGGCAUCAUGGGAAUCGGACGGCAGGGCAAGAGGAGCCUCAUGGAGGUCAGAUAUCAGGGGAUCUGAGCAGCAGCAUCAGCCUACCUCAGAUAAGAAUAAAACCUUAAAGAGGGACAGGCAGGGACACGAGGCGCCCAUGUUGUCACCCGGCGGGGGAGGCACCUCAGAGGACAAGAGACAGAGACAAGGGACCUCAAUGGAGAUGGGGAGACAGAGAACAUGGACCUUAGGGGAUGAAAGGCAGAGAAGAGGGGUCUCUGAGCCCAGGAGGCACAGGCAAGCAGCCUCAUGGGAUUUGGAGGGCACAAGGAGAUUGGCACAUCAGGGCCACGGGCAAGGAGACUCAUGGGAGUUUGAGGGCAAGCGCAGACACCGGGUCUCGGAGAAGACAGAGAGCAGGGCAGAAGGAACAUCUGAAGAGGAGCGGCAGAGACAAGAGGUGUCAUGGCAGCCGGAGGGGAUGAGGAGAAGGGUCCUAGAGCAGGAGAGGUGGGGAAAGAGGGUCCCUGGAAUGUCUGAGGGCCGGGAAAGGUGGACCACAGAGGUAGAUGGGCAGCAGCAAAUGGUGCCACGUGACUCAGAGAAUAUAAGAAGAGAAGCAGAGGAGAGACACAGACAAGGAACAUCACUGGACAGAGGGGCUUAUGGGGAGUCAAUGAGACAUGAAAAGGGGGUCUCAGAAGCCAAGUCACAAGGACGAGGGACCUCAAGUGUGCCAGAGGGCAGGGGAAACUUAGAGGAGCAAAUGCAAGGCAGAGCGGCCCCCGCAGAGACCCUGAGACCAGACAGGCAGGGGCAACACAGAAGAGGCUCACCUAAGGCUCACAAGAGGGUCCCGUCCACCAGCCAGAAAGGUCAAACUCAGGCCCCUGACCAAGUUGACGAAAAGAUCAAAGUCACCAAGGCGGAGUGGCGCAUCCCCGAAAAGAGAAGGGCCAGCGGUGAGACAGAGGAGCCCAUCUGGGUUAUUGAUGCCACUCGUGUGCUCGUCAAGGCAGAAUUCAUAGUCACCCCAAACAGGGAGAGAGUUCACUAUUUGACUCCGGCCACUCAAAACACCACAGGCCCAAAAAACAAGAAUGGCCGUCUGAAAGAAGACACCAUAGUCCUGCACCCUGGAGGAGCCUCAAAAACUCCACCCGUUCAGGAAGACCUCCAGAACCAAACACCAAGGGCCUUAGAGAAUGAUCUUCAGGAACAGCCUGAGGGGUCAACAGCGUCCACCAAUGGCCGGCCCAUCAUGCAGCCUACCUGUGGUCAACCCAACAUAAGGCCAAACAAUGGCCAGCCCAUCAUAAAGCCCACCAAUGGCCAGCCCAUCAUGCAGCCUACCAAAGGUCAACCCAGCAUAAAGCCCACCAAUGGCCAAUCCAUCAUAAAGCCCACCAAUGGUCAACCCAUCAUACAGCCCACCAAUGUCCAGCCCAUCAUAAAGCCCACCAAUAGCCUGCCCAUCUUACAGCCCACCAAUGGUCAACCCAUCAUAAAGCCCACCAAUAGCCAACCCACCAUAAAGCCCACCAAUGGCCAAUCCAUCAUACAGCCCACCAAUGCUCAAGCCAUCAUACAGCCCACCAAUGGCCAGCCCAUCAUACAAUCCAUGAAGGCAGCUGAGAACUUACCUGGUUCUCCUCUUCCUAGUCCCACCAUGGAGAUCUGUAGGGGCAACGAGACAGAGGAAGAUACAAAGGGGCCCGAAGGGAAGGUGGAAUGGAAAGAUGGAGUCAGCCUGGACAAGGAGACACAAAGAAGUCCAUCGCUGGAGCCCACUCAGGCAUUGGCUCAGUUGCCACCCCUAGCCUCCCAUGCUCUGCACAACAAGGGGUCACCCACGUGCCCCAGCUCCAUUCGGGAUGCUGUGAACAGGAUCCGCAGACAUACAGCACCGGAUUCUGAUACUGAGGAGGAAGAUGUGAUGGACUUGUGGGAAUCGGUCGUCUCACAGAGCAGAUGCCAGGAUGCUGAAGAUGCAAUGUCCUGCAGCAGCUCAGAUAGCCAGGGCUCCAGGGAAACAGUCAUCGUAAGGGGGACAGCUGGACGAGAUGAGGACAUCAGUGACAGUGACGGAAGUGAGCCGGCAAAGUCCUGGGAGCAGGAAGGACAAGCGAGUGAAAGGGACACGGAUUCCAGUGGGGCUGUGGGGGGGAGUCAUCUCAGCAUAGACAUGGAGCCCACAGAAGAAGUUGUCCCAAGAAUCCUUUGUGGAGCAUCAGAAUGUUGGACCAAAAAUCCUGAGGUCAACGAUGAGGACCUACGUGGGUCAGCGAGUCCUAGGAGCCGAGAGCUGAAGAAGGAGCCGGAAAGUAAGCUGAGAUCGUCCCUGAAGGAGGGGGCGGAGCCUGAGAGAUGGGCACAGUUCGAGCCAAUCAAAGAAUCUCUGAGCACUAGGGGGGUGGGGCCUGUGACUCCGGGCACCCACAAUGAGGAGGUGAACCCCAGCAUAAUGGAAAUCCUGCAGGAAGUGAGCGCCGCACAGGUGGCACUGUUUGGCAGUCAAUGA